GGUUUCAUUUAAAUGAUGCAGCACGAUAACGGUUUUACGGCUUUUGUAACCGAAACUUAACAAAGUUUUUUCGGUAAAGUAAUUAAUUUCAUUAAUUUGCCACAAUUUUUAUAUAUUCCCAACAGUUUUUCCUUAGCUUCUAUUUUACACGACACGCGUUACUCCUUUUAACAGUUGUUAGCUGCUCGUGAGUUUACCUGCUGUUAAAAAACUAGCUAAAUGUCAUAUUUUCUAACGCCUGAGGAGCUUAUGGAAAACCACAUUACACUGACUGAUAUUGAUCUUGAAGUUUUCUGGCAUGUCUCUGUUCGGGUCAGAAAACAGUGCUGUGCUCGGUUCUCCUGGUGGAUUUUCUCACAGCACCUCUGAAGCACAGGAUGGAGAUGCUUAUGAUGCCGGAGAAAUUGUUGAUUUCACACAAGAUUUGUUAUGCUUCACACCUCUGUCCGAUCACACUGAUGACAAAUCAUCUCUUAGUCCCAAAGACCUAGAGAGACAAUUUCACCCAUACACCUCAGAGGACCAAAAGGAGAAAUAUGUUGGCAUUGAUACUCUGCCAAAGCAAGUCCAUCGUAAUACAUUGAAAAAUGGAUUUGAGUUCAAUCUUAUGGUUGUUGGUGAAUCUGGCUUAGGCAAAUCCACACUGGUCAACAACCUUUUCUUCACAAACCUCUAUAUAGACAGACACCUGUACGAUGCCUCAGAGAAGAUAAAUCAGACAGUAUCAAUAACAAAGACUACUGUAGACAUUCUUGAAAACGGAGUAAAGCUGAGGCUCACUAUCGUAGACACCCCCGGUUUUGGGGAUUGUCUUAACAAUGAUAAAAGCUGGCAGGGGGCUGUGGAUUAUGUAGAUCAGCAGCUGGAGCACUACCGCAAAGAUGAGAUGGGAAUAAACCGUAAAAACAUGACAGACAAUAGAGUUCACUGCUGUCUCUACUUCAUUUCACCUCAUGGUCAUGGCCUCAGGCCAAUUGAUGUGAACUUUAUGUUGGCCCUGCAUCAAAAGGUCAACAUUGUGCCUGUGCUGGCCAAAGCGGACAGUCUCACCCCAACAGAGAUCCAUGAAAUGAAAGCUAAGAUAAGAAGUGAAAUUGACAAGUAUAAAAUCAAGAUCUUCCAGUUGCCAGAGUCUGACCUGGAUAAAAAUAAUCUCAUUGGGGUGCAGGACCUAAAGGAUAUUAUACCCUUUGCUGUCAUUGGAAGUAAUACAUUAGUGGAAAACAAUGGCAGGAGAGUACGAGCUCGUGCAUAUCCAUGGGGUGUGGUCGAAGUUGAGAAUCUAUCUCACAAUGAUUUUGUGCAUCUGAGGAAUACACUGAUACGCACGCACAUGCAGCACCUGAAAGAUGUGACCCACCGCACGCUUUAUGAAAACUAUCGUAUAAAUGUCCUGUGCAAGAACCCAUGCCUGGAGAAUGAAUGAGGAUGUGGAUAACAGAAGAGGACAACGUGAUUCACUAAUGAAAUGAAAUAGAAAUUAAAGGACACAGCAAUAGGGUUACAUAGUCAAAUGCAAUAAAAAUACAAAUUUAAGAGAUAAGAUUAAUUAUUUCAAGUGAUUAUUAUUCAUACAUUUUAAGAAUUAAUGCUAUAUUUAAGUGUGCUAAAAUGUAAACCACUAAAACAAUAUUUUAAAGCAGUUAUGAUGCAGAAAUGUACAGGGAUGUCAACAAAAUGUUUGAUGUAAAUUUAAUUUCAUUAUAAAUUACUAUAUAUUUCUAUAACUAAAUGAACUGUUUUACAAUAAAGCAACUGUCACACUA